AGGAGGCUGAGACAGAAGGAUCCCUUGAGCCCAGGAGUUGGAGGCUGCAGUGAGCUAUGAUGGCACCACUGCACGCCAGCCCGGGUGAGGGAGCCAGACCGGGCCUCUAACAACAACAAAAAUCUGGGCAGAGGCUCCUGGGCUGAGUAGGGAAGGGGGUGCUGGGGUGCAGGGGGCGGGGCUGCUGAGGCCGCACACAGACAGCCCUGGUCAAGUCUGAACGGGAAGUCUGGCCUUCCGAGGCUGACAUGGACACAGACUCCUCGGUCAGGGCAGGGAGGGGUCCCCUGGAAGAGCCCCUGACUUCACCUGCAAGUGCUACUAAACAGUAAGGAACACAAGACGCGCGUGUUCAAAACUAUUCCAGAGAAGAGAAGCGCAACACAUCGCCCCAAACUGUAUUUACAGCGGCCGACAUGGACAGUGGGAAGGUAGGGGCCAUGUUACUCAGGAACAGGAAAUGCAAACGCCCUACGGGAGACACUGGCGAAGCUAAUGCGACAGUACAGAAGAAAGGAGAACGCACGCGAUGAGCAGGCGAGCACGGUGGCCAGAGUGUGCGGCUGGUGGUUUCACGGAGGCUCAGCACAGAGGGAGGAAGGACAGCAGAGCUGACUCGUCGGAGCAGCCGUGCUCGGAGCGUUCCUGGAGCUGAAGCUCUUCUGCACAGAGGACAGAGCAGGCAGCAGGGACCAUGGGGCCCCCCUCAGCCCCUCCCUGCAGAGGGCGCGUCCCCUGGCAGGGGCUCCUGCUCACAGUCUCACUUUUAACCUUCUGGAACCCGCCCGCCACUGCCCAACUCUCUGUGGAAUCCGUGCCGCUCAAUGCUGUGGAGGGGAAGGACGUUCUUCUACUCGUCCACAAUGGGCCACAGGAUGCUUUUAGCUAUGUCUGGUACAAAGGGGACAAGGCAGACAUCCACUAUGGAAUUGUAGAAUAUAUAACAGUCACUCAAGAAAGCAUCGCGGGGCCUGCAUACAGUGGUCGAGAGACAAUUUACCCCAAUGGAUCCCUGCUGUUCCAGCAUGUCACCCUGAAGGACACAGGAUACUACACCCUACAACUUAUAAGGGAAAAUUUUGACAAUGAAGCAGUAACUGGACAGCUCCGCGUGUACCCAAAAGAAAACGCCCCGGGCGUCCCUGUGUGGGCCAUCGCUGGCAUCGUGAUCGAGGUCCUAGCCGGGCUGGCUCUGGUGGCCGCCCUGGGGUGUGUCCUGUUCCUCAGAAGGACUGGAAGGGCGGGUGGCCAGCGUGACCUCAGGGACCAGCAGCCCCCCAAGUCCACCAGCGGACCUGCUCCCUCAGAACACAGCAUCCCCUCGGGACCCCAACCUAGCCCCAGGACAGCCAGCCACACCUAUGAGGAAUUGCUGCACCCCGACACACACGUGUAUGGCCGCAUCAACCACAGAGCAGAUGUGGCUUCUUAGCUUCCUCCAGGAACUGCCCCUGUGGGCUGAGAGUCCCCUAAGUCCCCAACCCUCUGGAGGGGGCAGUUCAUGGAGCCUGAGCCAGAAAAUCAGCUGAGCCCUGGGCAGACUCUGGGUACUUGGGCUGCAGAUCGGGGUCCCUCCUAGCACCUUCCUUCAUGCAGCAAGAACAGCAAGGAGCUCACCCAGGCUGCAGCGGGGGAGGGAAGUCGUGGGGAUCGGCGAGUCAGGGAGAAUAGGCUGGGCUUGACCUUGGGGGCUGGAUGGCAGCAGAGGUGAGUUCUGUGUGUCUGUCCCCAUCCUGGAGACCUGGACUAUCAUUAUUGGAGUCACCUGCAUACUGGUUAAAUGUCAAUACUCUCACGAUCUCCUGAUCUCUCAUUUAAUUUGUAAAGUCUUUUUUUUUUUUUAACCAUGCGACAAAUUCGUAGAUUCUGCAG